AGCCAGGCUGCGGCCCACUACAAAGGCACUAAACAUGCCAAGAAGCUCAAAGCACUGGAAGCCAUGAAAAAUAAGCAGAAAUCUGUAACUACCAAGGACACCGCAAAGACUACCUUCACUUCCAUCACUACCAAUACCAUCAAUACCAGCUCUGACAAAACAGCAAACAGUACAACAGGGACACCAGCAAUAUCAACAGCCACAACAGUUGAAAUUCGGAAAAGCAACAUCAUGACGACUGAAAUCACCUCUAAAGUUGAAAAGCUCCCCACAACAGCCGCUACCAGCAACACGAGUUCUUCGGGAGAGACUGAGGAAGAAAAGGCCAAGCGACUCCUUUACUGUUCACUAUGCAAGGUUGCUGUCAACUCCGCCUCACAGUUGGAGGCUCACAACAGUGGCACGAAGCACAAAACUAUGUUGGAAGCACGAAAUGGAAGUGGAACCAUCAAAGCCUUUCCCCGGGCAGGUGUCAAAGGCAAAGGACCCAUUAAUAAAGGAAACACAGGACUUCAGAACAAAACAUUUCACUGUGAAAUUUGUGAUGUGCAUGUAAAUUCUGAGACACAACUUAAACAGCACAUAAGCAGUAGAAGGCACAAAGACAGAGCUGCUGGGAAGCCCCCGAAACCCAAAUACAGCCCCUACAACAAACUACAGAAGGGAACACACCCUCUCGGGGUAAAAUUAGUAUUUUCAAAGGAACCUACAAAACCAAUGGCUCCACGCAUCCUACCAAAUCCUCUCGCAGCUGCUGCAGCAGCUGCUGCUGUGGCCGUCAAUUCCCCUUUCAGUCUUCGAACAGCCCCACCAGCUACCCUCUUUCAGACUUCAGCCCUUCCUCCAGCACUUCUCCGACCGGCCCCGGGGCCUAUACGGACCACCCACACACCCGUGCUCUUUGCUCCUUACUGA